UCCAGAUGUGCAGCAGCUGGUUGAUCUUCAGCAGAGUCCAGACUGCAGCCUGCCAGACUCUGAGGUGGAAAUACGAGGCCUAGAUCCUUACAAUCGACUCAGAGAAGACUUCAUUGAGCAGUGAGCGGCAGAGGGAUCGCCAGUAGAUCUGCAGUGUGAAUAGUUGUGAGCGGCUGAACGGUGUUAGUUUUGGCAGCCAUUUUAUGUACUUUCAGUCUUAGUUUUAGUUCUUUGGAUGAAAAUGCUUACUAGUUUUCGUCACAUUUUGCUCAUUUCGAGAUGUGAUGGUUUUGGUCCAGUUUCAGUCAGUUUCAUGGGGAAAAAAAAGAAAAGAAAAUGCUCCUUAAUUCAUUCUCUGGAUGUGCUUUCAGACUACUGACUUUCUGGUCCUGCCACUUUCUCCUUUUCAGCCAAUUACUAGUUAACUCACUCUGAAGGCCCAUUCCAUUCACCCUCGUGGGUAGGAAUUCAGAGAAUAUAUUUCAUUUUCUAUUGUUUUGUUAACUUAAACAAUGUUAUCUUAACAGCAGGGAUGUUACAAUGUGUCCCUAGACAGAUUAGUCUGACCAAAAGCAGAAAUGUCAAGCAUCUUGAACAUCAGAUGGAUCCGCCCACUUAUAUUAUCUUUCUUCAACGAAAACUCACUGUGUGGCCCUCAGCCUGAGUGGGUGGGGUCGGCUCUUGGGCAAUGAGCUCUGCCGCUCUGGACGUCCAGUGCCCAGCGGGGGUCGGCACCUGUUGGUCUUGGUCCCCUGGGGCCGGGGGUCCUGGCCGGGGCCUUCCUCUGCCCCCUCCUGAACGGUGCGUGGCGUCUUAUGGGGGCCGGGGGCUGGGAUCUGAGCUCUGGGAUGGGCGUCGGUGUCUGGACCCUGAGGGCCUGUCUGGCCUGCUUCUGGUCUUCUCAGAGGUCAGAGAUCAUACAUGCAUGAUCUCAGUGACAUUUGCAUGAUCACGCUGAUCUGUAAUCACUCCUCAUAUUCUGCAUGUGGACUCGGUCACCUUGUUGUUUUGUGGGCUGUUAGACUAAUGGCUGUCUGUAUAGGUCUGUCCUGAUGCUCUUGUGUAAUUGACACCUGGAUCCUCAGCUUGCACGUCCCAGAUAACUACCAGCGAUGUUCUCAACAACAGUCUGAAGAAUGCCGUCUAUUAUUUCUUUAUGCCGGUGUAGUAGCUGGUUGUCUUGAGUGUUGAUGCCUCUGUUCCCUUUUCUCCACUCUUCUCUGUUCACUUGUUUGUUUCCUUCACUCCUGUUCCAGACGAAGACAGAUGCUGUUUGUGCGUUGCCUGUUUGUAGAGUAAAAAUAAAGUUGAGGAACAAAAAUACAACAUGUUCUUCUGCUUCAGUCCUUUGAAUACAGGCAGAUUUGUGCCAGGUGUCGAGAAGCUUUCCUGAUGGUCACAGGUCCGUCGACUGGGGGAAAAAUUAAGCUGCAGACCUCCUCUGGGUUCAGUUUAGAAAGUCAAACAUUAAGAGCAGGUGAAACAUAAAAGGAGAAAGGUGAGUCAUUCUGAAUAUGUCUUGAAACAGUAACAUCUGCUGUGUGUUCCGCUGACAGUAUCGGCUCUGCUCUAUACUCAGUUUUGUGCAUUUCUAAUAAGAAAAGUCCCCGGAACAUGGAGCUACUGUUCUGGUAUCUGCUCUACAAACAGCAGUGUUGUUGUGAAGAAAAUACAGAUAGCAUGUUAAGUCAAACAUCACUCGUCGCACUGAAACUCCAUUACUAGCUGAAACAGCAUCAAAACACAGAGAGAGAGACGAGGGAGGAGGAGAGGGAGAGAGAGAGAGAGAGGAGAGAGAGAGAGAGGAAAGAGAGAGAGAGAGAGGGGAGGUUGCCAGUGGAGCCCAUGUCUACCUUAAGCCUCCCCUGCUUAAGAGCGUAUUGCAAAACGUUUGAAUUCUGCUCAUUUGGCUCACUGGAUGACCAGGGUGUUUUAACUUUAUCAUCCACUGUGUUUGGAGCAGCACUGCUGGACAUUAAACACGGUUUUGCUUGUGUCUGUUUUUGAACUGCAGGCUGAUUUAGUGUCAGACCUGGCAACUCGCUUUGUUUGCGUUCCUGGCUGCAGCCAGAGCUGAGUCUCCUCCCUAAACAUUUCCUGUUACACUGGGACAAAGGAGGGCUGCGCACAUGCUGUGACAUGAUUUUUUUUCAUUUUAUAACGUGUUUUUCUCUGAUCUAAAACCACUGUUGUGACUGCGAGAUCUCUUCUGUGUCUCCAGGGAUCUCUGCUCCAUCCUGACUCUCUGACCCUGACCCUGGAUCAGGCCCUCUGAGGAUGACUGAACAUGUCUGGCGUGGUUGAAGAGGAGGACAGAUCAGAGUCUGUGGACAGAUGUCAGCAGCUCAGAAACAAAGAAUCUUCAGAAUCCAGCAGCUUGUCUCUGAAGAGUGAUUGGUCCAAAGAGAAUCCUCCAGACUUCAGUGGUGAACGUGGACCUUCAGACACAAAAGAGAAGAAGAGCAGUGAUGUCUGUGAGGAGCAGCCAGAAAGCUCCAGAAGCGUCGCUGCACCAAGUGUUGGUCUGCAGCAGCUUCUAGAAGAACAUAAGAAAAGUCUGAGGAGGAGAUGUGAACGUGUGACUGAAGGAAGUGAUGAAGAAGGAGGAGGAAGCCUCCUCAACAGGAUCUACACUGAGCUCCACAUCACAGAGGGACUCAGUGAGGAGCUUCAGAGGGAACCUGAGCUGAAGCAGCUGGAGACAGCUUCCAGGAAGGAGAGCCUCCAUCACACUGCCAUCAGGGUUCAGGACAUCUUUAAAGCCUCAGCCCAGCAGCUCAGACGCAUCAGAGUGGUUCUGACCAGCGGCGUGGCCGGCAGUGGAAAAACCUUCUCGGUGCUCAAGUUCAGUCUGGACUGGGCCGAGGGCCUGGAGAACCAGGAUGUCAGUGUGCUGGUGGUGCUCUCCUUCAGGGAGCUGAACCUGCUGGGAGAGCGGCCGUACAGUCUCCUCUCGCUGCUGGCUGUUUUCCAUCCCGCGCUCCAGAAGCUGACCGCAGAGGAGCUGGCUGUCUGCAAGCUGCUCUUCAUCUUGGACGGCCUGGAUGAAAGCAGACUUUCUCUGGACUUCAGCAGCAGCCGGCGGCUGCUUGACGUCUCCCAGGAGUCUUCAGUCAGCCUGCUGCUCACUAACCUCAUCCGGGGGGAUCUGCUGCCCUCGGCUCGGGUCUGGAUCACUUCCCGACCGGCGGCGGCCCAUCAGAUCCCUCCAACAUGUGUGGACAGACUGACAGAAGUGCGAGGCUUCACUGACGCCCAGAAGGAGGAGUACUUCAGGAGGAGGCUGAGUGAUGAGGAGCUGAGCAGCAGAAUCAUCUCCCACAUCCAGACAUCCAGGAGCCUCCACAUCAUGUGUGGAAUCCCAGUCUUCUGCUGGAUCACUGCUACAGUUCUGGAGCACAUGUUGAGCAGCGAGCAGAGAGGAGAGCUGCCCCAGACCCUGACUGACAUGUACUCCCACUUUGUGCUGGUUCAGACACACAGGAAGAAGCUCAAGUACCAUGAAGGACCUGAGACGGGUCCACAGGAGCUGACGGAGGCUGACAGGGAGCUUCUUCUGAAGCUGGGCAGGAUGGCCUUGGAACAUCUGGAGAAAGGAAACAUGGUGUUCUACCAAGAAGACCUGGAGCAGUGUGGUCUGGAUGUGACUGAGGCCUCACUGUUCUCUGGAAUCUGUACUCAGAUCUUCAAAAGAGAGUCUGUGAUCUUCCAGAAAGUCGUCUACAGCUUCGUCCAUCUGAGUGUUCAGGAGUUUCUGGCUGCAGUCUUCAUGUUCCACUGUUUCACCAACAGGAAGACAGACGUACUGAAGACCUUCAUUGACAAGAGACAUCAUCAUGAUGAUGUUUUCACUUCUCUUGACAUAUUCCUGCAGAAAGUUCUAGAGAAAUCCCUCAGAAGUCAGAAUGGUCACCUCGACCUGUUUGUCCGCUUCCUUCAUGGCCUCUCUCUGAAAUCCAACCAGAGACUCUUAGAAGGUCUCCUGGGUCGAACUGAGAUCAGUCCAGAAACCCUCCAGAGAGUCACCAUGGGUCUGAAGGAGAUGAAUAGUGACAAAAAGUCUCCUGACAGAAGCAUCAACAUCUUCCACUGUCUGAUGGAGAUGAAGGACCUCUCAGUACAUCAGGAGAUCCAAGAGUUCCUGAAGUCAGAGAACAGAUCAGAGAAGAAACUCUCUGAGAUCCACUGCUCCGCUCUGGCCUACAUGCUGCAGAUGUCAGACCAGGUCCUGGAAGAGUUGGACCUGGAGAAGUACAACACAUCAAAGGAGGGACGAAGGAGACUGAUCCCAGCUGUAAGGAACUGCAGGAAGUUUCGACUUCCUGACUGUGGACUCUCUGAUUCUGACUGUGAAGUGAUCUCCUCAGCUCUGAAGUCUGACUCCUCCCAUCUGAAACACCUGGACCUGAGUGACAACAGGCUGAAUGAUUCAUCAGUGAAGAUCCUGUGUUCUGGACUGGAGAGUCCAAACUGUAAACUGGAGACUCUGAGAUUGGAAUGUUGCAGUUUUUCAAAGAGCAGCUGUUCUUCUGUGGUCUCAGCUCUGAAGUCCAAUCCCUCCCUCCUAAAACAUCUGGAGCAUCUGGAUCUGAGCGGGAACCAGCAACUGGAUUCAGGAGUUGAGCAGCUGUGUGGUUUUCUGGAGAGUCCACUCUGCAGUCUGCAGACUCUGAGGUUAUUUAACUGCAGGUUGCUGGAGAUCAGCUGUUCUUCUGUAGCCUCAGCUCUGAAGUCCAACCCCUCCCUCCUGAAACAUCUGGACCUGAGUAGGAACCAGCUGCAGGAUUCAGGAGUUGAGCUGCUGUGUGGUUUUCUGCAGAGUCCACUCUGCAGUCUGCAGACUCUGAGAUUGAAAGACUGCAAUUUGUCAAAGAUCAGCUGUUCAUCUGUGGCCUCAGCUCUGAAGUCCAACCCCUCCCUCCAGAAACAUCUGAAACAUCUGGACCUGAGUAGGAACCCUCUGCAGGAUUCAGCAGUUGAGCAGCUGUGUGGUUUUCUGGAGAGUCCACUCUGUGGUCUGCAGACUCUGAGCUUGGAGGGCUGCAGGUUGUCAGUGGCCAGCUGUUCUUCUGUGGUCUCCACUCUGAAGUCCAACCCCUCCCUCCUGAAAUACCUGAAGCAUCUGGACCUGAGUACGAACCAUCUGCGGGAUGCCGGAGUUGAGCAGCUGUGUGGUUUUCUGGAGAGUCCACUCUGUGGUCUGCAGACUCUGAGGUUGAAGGACUGCAGGUUGUCAGAGAUCAGCUGUUCUUCUGUUAUCUCAGCUCUAAAGUCCAACCCCUCCCUCCUGGAACAUCUGGACCUGAGUGGGAACCAGCUGCAAGAUUCAGCAGUUGAGCAGCUGUGUGGUUUUCUGGAGAGUCCACUCUGUCGUCUGCAGUCUCUGAGGUUGGAGGACUGCAGUGUGUCAGAGAUCAGCUGUUCUUCUCUGGUCUCAGCUCUGAAGUCCAACCCCUCCAACCUAAAGGAGCUCCACCUGAGUUACAACCAGCUGCAGGCUCCAGAUGUGCAGCAGCUGGUUGAUCUUCAGCAGAGUCCAGACUGCAGCCUGCAGACUCUGAGGUCAGUAGAUGGUUGGAGUGAUGAGGCUGUGAGUCCUGAAGAUCUACUGAGAGCAGAGUUUCAUCUAGCAGAGAAACCAGCAGAAGAUCUGCAGAGUGAAGAGCUGUGAGAGUCCAGCAUCGAACCAGAAACACUCUGGAUGUGACUCAGAAUCAUUGUUGAGACUUUGGGUCGCUAAAAGGAAAAAAAAAAAGGAAAAAAAAUAAUUGAUGGGUUUGGAUAAUUUUGUUUAUAUUAAAUUGUUUAGAAUAAGCUAGAAGUAC